AUAAGUGUUUUGAGUUACGACCCAUUAGAGGUAUAGAUUGGUACAGAGAACAUUAUUAUGAACAGCUGGUUAAAAAUAUAUUGCUUGUGAAAACUUAUUCAUACCAGGGCAUUAUUAGAAAAAACGAUGUUUGUGCUAGUUUGGAAUUCACCUGGCUGUGAAAUACCACACUUAAAGGGAGAUUCAGGUGAAAUAUUUUUAUUCCUGUGAAAGUUUCCUGUGAACAUUCCUAUACAGGCUCGUACACCAUUUGUGGUAAUUUCGGGCAGCAGUGUAGCAUAGCGGGUAAGGAACUGGGCUUGUAACCGAAAGGUCAUUGGUUCGAUUCCUGGGGUAGGAACUGUUGUUGUUGUACCCUUGAGCAAGGUACAACAUAUCUGAACACUUCUUUCCACAUCCAGAUGACUGCUUGUGGUCUUGCUGUCUGAAGCGAACAUGUUCUUGAAAAGAUUAACGCACUGAGAAAUAGAGCACACUAGGAAAGCUCAAAGUCACUGCUUAUCAACAAAGGAUAUUAUAAAAACAGCUUGUCAGACAGUUUAAUACUGUUCAGCCUUGCUGGCAGUUGUUGGCAGUUCUUCUGUCAUCUCCUCCAUGUUCAUGUCCUAGAUUUUGUAGUGCUGCCAGGUGUCACUUCACAAUGCAGUUUUCUUGCUCCACCCAUAAGCCCCCUCCCCCGGUUUGUCGGCAAAUUAACUUCACUGAGAUGGCUGAACGUGACCGGGAAGUUUGUGGAAGUCACCAAAUAUCAAAACAAAGUCACCAAGUAAGCCUGCUUGGUUUGAGCUUUACCAUGGAAACCUGGGGUUUUGGUGUCAUCAGUGACUCACUUAGGCCUAAAUCCUUUGUGGGUCAUACACUGUCAUGACCCUGUUUGAAAAAUCCUAGCCAUGAGCUCCUGCCAAGUGUUCAUGUAGCUCAGUGUGAUGUGCUUGGUCAUCUCAUGCAAUGCUGGCAGUGUUUCUGUCAACUGAAUUAGCAUCGUUCGGGUAGAUUAUUUUUCAGUGGAGUUGAUGCGCUUCUGGAAUACUCUAAAGUGUUUUAGGAUCUUCUCAGUGUAUCCAGCUAUUGUGAUUUAAAGCUGUGUUUCUGUCUGCAUGAAAUGGGUCAACUCCGCCAUACCACCUUAAAUCCACAGAGACAAGCCAAGAAGGGUAGAGCUACCCCAUUAUUCCCAGUUUGCUAUUGGUCAGCUCUAACAAGAGAUGGCUGGCAAUUGGCUGUUACUGAGGCCUUCAGUUGAAGGGUGGGGCUAUGAGAGGGGGGCUAGAGAGAUUGAUCGAGAAGGAGAGAGAUGUGGUCACGGGUUCAAGUCCAAGGUAUGGGAAGAGCCUUUGUAUCGUAUAUUGCACUGGAGAUAAGGGUUACUCUGUGCCAUUUAAUAUUACCUGGCUUUGCACAAUCUGCUUUGCGAAGAUAGUGUGAUGUUUUGUUUCAUACAGAAAUGCAUUUUCUGUCACUUUCACUGCAUAUAUCUAAGCCACUCUCUCUCUCUCUCUCUCUCUCUCUCACUCUCUCUCACACACACACACACACACAUGCACACACAGAGGCAGACACACAGUCAAGCAGCUACCGUGUGACUCAUGGCAUUUUAAAAAGAAUCAAGCUGGCAGGGAGCAAUCUGGAGGGGGAGAGCACAGUGGAGUGUGUGUGUGUGUGAGUGAGUGAGUGAGUGAGUGUGUGUGUGUCAGAGAGAGAGAGAGAGAGAGAGAAACGAAAGCCCCUGGAUUAAGCUGAUGCGGGUUGGGAGGGAGGGGGGGAAGAGUUAGGCAUUGUGUGAGAGAGAGAAAGAGAGUGGAGAGAGGGUGAGAGAGAAAGAGAGAGUGGAGAGAGGGUGAGAGAGAGAAAGAGAGAGUGGAGAGAGGGUGAGAGAAAUGGAGGCUUACACUCUGAUAUGCUGUUCAUAGCAGCACAGAGAGAGGGAGAGAGUAAAAGAGGGAGAGAUGCAAGAGAAACAAGAUUCACAAGCCAAAUCUGCCGGCGGAGGAAAGGCACACCCCGCUCUCAAGGCCUUCAUGUGUGGCUCUCUCAGCGGGACCUGCUCCACCCUGCUCUUCCAGCCCCUGGACCUGGUCAAGACCCGGCUGCAGACCCUGCAGAACAGCAUGCACCCGGGCUCGCCGAAGGUGGGGAUGGUGACGGUGUUUCUCAGCGUCGUGCGGACGGAGAGGCUGCUGGGACUGUGGAAGGGAGUCUCGCCGUCCUUCAUGCGCUGCAUCCCCGGCGUGGGCAUCUACUUCAGCACCUUCUACUCGCUCAAGCAGCACUUCUUCCAGGAGCGCGGCCCCAGCGCGCUGGAGGCCGUCCUGCUGGGCGCCAGCGCCAGGACGGUGGCGGGGGUCUGCAUGCUGCCCGUCACCGUCAUCAAGACGCGCUUCGAGAGUGGCCGGUAUAACUACGUGACUGUGCUGGGGGCUCUGCGCAGUGUGUACAUGACGGAGGGACCCAGGGCUCUGUUCUCCGGCCUCACCGCCACGUUGCUAAGAGACGCACCCUUCUCCGGCAUCUACGUCAUGUUCUACAGCCAGGCCAAGAGGUCCCUGCCUCAGGAAGCGACCUCCUCGGCCUACGUCCCCCUGCUGAAUUUCAGCUGCGGCGUGAUGGCGGGGGUCUUGGCCUCCCUGGUCACGCAGCCUGCGGACGUUGUGAAGACGCAGGUGCAAGUGAGCCCUCACCUGUACCGGAGCACUGGGGACGCCGUGCGCUGCAUCUACAGGGAGCAGGGGCUGAAGGGCUUCUUCCGGGGGGCGGUGCCGCGGUCUCUGCGCAGGACGCUGAUGGCUGCCAUGGCCUGGACCGUGUAUGAGCAGCUAAUGGCCAGGAUGGGCUUAAAGUCGUGAAGAAGAAACGGAUGGAGAGAUGGACGGUGGGGGGGGUGUGGGUGGUGGUGGUGGUGUAUUUUAGAGAGGGUGGCCGGGGAAAGUGAGCGAGGAGGGGGAGUAUGCAUGUGUGCUGGGGUCGGCAGGGAGGAAACGGUUGAAUAUAAUAUUUUAUCAUGAAAAUUUUGAAUUUGAGGGAGGAAGGAUUUAUGUGUAUGUGGGGGUGGGCAGAGGGUUGACUGUCAAGAGAGAUGGAUAGAGAGACUGUGUGUGUGUGUGUGUGUGUGUGUGUAUUCAUGUGCGCGCAUGUGCGAGCACGCAUGCGUGUGAGUGUAAGGUAUGUAUAGCUCUUUUAACAGUCUUAAGUGUUAACCCUGACCUAAAGUGACAUUCCUGAAUGGCUGUGAAUAUUUCCCUAUCUGACAGGGAGACGUGUAGAGUGAGCUGGCAA